UUUUGCCUGUUCUAAUUUUGACAUGUGUCCAAGUAUUUAGGCAGAAUAGUUGCAUGAUUAUCAAUUCAUAACACUGCAAAGAAACAGCAAACUGACUGGACACUCACACAUUGCAUAGAACAGUAACUUCAACCAAACAUGGCUACACCGGUACAGAUGAAGCUUCUGACGGUAGGCGACGGUGGAGUUGGAAAGAGCUGUCUAUUUAUAUCUUACACCACCAACUCUUUCCCCAGCGAGUAUGUACCCACAGUGUUCGACAACUACUGUGCCAACAUUAUGGUGGAUGGAAAGGUGGUUUCCCUCGGACUUUGGGACACAGCUGGUCAGGAGGAUUAUGACAGAUUGCGGCCCCUGUCCUACCCACAGACCGAUGUGUUCUUCAUUUGUUUUGGGUUUGACAGCGCCACUUCACUUUCGAAUGUCAGUGCUAAAUGGGUUCCCGAACUCAGACACUUCUGUCCAGAUGUGCCAAUACUUCUGGUGGGCUGUAAGAAAGAUCUUCUGGACUCUACCAACCCUGAAAGAAGGGGACAUUUUGCUCAAAGAGAGGAGGCCAAACAGAUAGCCAAAGACAACGGACUUCUGUACCUGGAGACCAGUGCCUUGACACAAGAGGGAGUCAAAAAUUGUUUUGAUGAGGCCGUCAGAAGGGCUUUGAAUUUCUCACAUUCAAAGCCAAAGAAAAAGGGCGGGAUAUUCUCUCUGCUGGACAAGAAAAAGGCCAACUUGCCUAUUGCUCCAGUCAUGCCUCCUGCAGGUAAGGCACCAUGGAUUGAAAUACAGACAUCCACGUUUGCUGAGGACUGGUACAAAAGUUUGCAGGACCCCAAGUUCCAUGACGUGACUUUCCUGAUGGACAAUCAAACACAACUUCAGGCUCACAGCCUCAUUUUGAGCUCAGCGUCCAAGUUUUUCUCAAAAGUCCUGGCCGCUAGUCUCCCUCCUGCUAGCACACAGCAACAGCAGUUGCUUCAAAUAGACGGAUUUUCUUCUUCAGACAUAGCAAGUGGAAAAGUAGAAGGCAUCAGUUCUGCCUUUGUUCAGGAGAUGGAAGAUGGCCGACAACACACCACAAUACAGCUCAGUGGAGAUAUUCAGGCCAGGAUGUUUGUGCGUGUGCUGGAGUUUCUCUACACAGGAGUGCCGAGACUCGCAGAAGAUGUGUCUGAAUCAGAUCUUCAGGAGCUCAAGAGAGUUGCUGGAAUCUUUGACUUGCCUUACCUAGCCACCAUCUGCGAUAACAUUGUGCAAGAGCAAGACUUUCUCAACCCGAGCAUCGGGACGUAUCUGAAUGACGAGACAGCAGCCAAGAUGAAAGAGCUUUACUUCAACAAGCCCACGCUGGCUGAUGUUGUAUUCAUUGUUCAAGGAGCCAAGAUAUAUGGGCAUAAAGUUGUCCUGAGCACCAGAAGUGCCGUGAUGGCAGCCAUGUUUUCUGGGAACUUUAUGGAAGGAAGUCCAGGAAAGUUGACAGAGGUGAACAUGUCCAAUGCGAGAACGGAAGAGUUCCUUCCUGUCCUGGAGUACCUGUACACUGACCACGCCCCCCUGGAGGAGGCUGAUGACAUCAUAGGGGUCAUGCAGGUCGCGGACGAAAACUGUCAGUCCAGGCUGGUCAAUUUGUGUGAGCUGUACACCAGCAAAGAGGUGGAGAGAGCGUGCGAGAAGAAGAUAGAGAAGGCGGCCAUUGACGUGGUGGGGCUGCUCAAUACAGCACGGGUUUUCAACGCAUCCCAACUCAUCAACUGGUGUCUACACUUUAUUUCCACCAACUACGACGCUUUCUCACGGAGGUCAGAGUUCACAAGCCUGACUAAAGAGGAUCGGGCCCAUGUGGAAGAGAACAGAUGGCCACCAUUGAGCUACCUGAUGGAGGCAGAGGAAUACGAGAAAGAGAUGUCAAAACAUACUGACAAGUGUGUUGUUAUGUGAAAUCUGCAUAUGAGAUUUAGUGCUUAAUCAGCUGCUUGCUAUGUGUGCUUCCCACAAAGCUGAGAAUUUUCUGGGUGUUCAAAGGCCUUCUAUGAUAAUAAUGGAUUUAAAGCGCUUAGAGCAUGGAUCUGCACAGCAUAAAUGCAAUCUUUAUUAUUAUUAUUAUAUUAUUAUUAUUAUAUUAUUAUUAUCAUUAUCAUUAUUAUUAUUAUUGUUGUUCUUUUUAUUCCUGUCAUGCUAGGAAAGAGUAAAACAGGUCAACAGAAACAAUGGAAAGAAAGAAAGAAAGAAAGAGAAGAAAGACCUACCUACCACUGGUGCUCUCACAUACCCACAAAAAAUUUGUGUAUGUGUGGGGGGGGGGAGGGGUCGUACCCAGAUGUUUAUAUGCUCUUUUUUUAUUUACACCGUUUAUAGCUUUAGGAGCCUGGCUGCUUCAACCAUGCCAAUCAGGGCUAACUCGGGCUGAAAGGGAUACAAUGUUCAACCUGACAGAUGGAGAUACUCAGUGGGAAUUGAACUGAAAUGUAUAUAUAUAUAUAUAAAUAUAUAUAAAAAUAUGUAUGUGUGGCAACACAGUGAAAUCAAGUGUUCAUCCAAAUAAUGACAUCGAAGAAACUGGCAUUUUUCAGCUCUUUCGGCAAAUUUUAUUGAAUUUUUGUUUUCUGGCUCAGUACCCUUCAUGCUCUUUUGAAAAGACAUUUCUGUGUAAAUUUUACGGAAAAAUGUUGAUUAAAUGCUCAAAAAGUGAAAAAUUGCAGUUUCCAAGGACACUCAAGCUUUGGAAGUCAUCA